AACCCUCUCCAGCCAAGACCAAUGUACUUCCUGACCCCACGGAAAUGUGGCCUAUUUGGUGUUUCCUGUGAAGGGCUGCAGAAACAGGUGAAUUACCUGAUUGAUGAAGGCAUGUCAUCUACUAAGGGAAGCAAUGAAGUCAUCAGCUACAUGCAUCAUUUCUUCGGCAACUUUGGAGUUGGAGAAACAGAGGUGGAUCUUCAUUGUGACAACUGUAGUGGGCAGAACAAGAACAACUUCAUGCUCUGGUACCUUGCCUGGCGGGUUGGACGUAAGCUUCACGAUAAAAUUGAAAUCCACUUCCUUAUUGCUGGCCACACCAAGUUUUCCCCUGACUGUGGCUUUGGACUCAUCAAGCAAGCCUACAUGAAGACAAGAGUCAACACUUUGGCAGACAUCGCUGAGGUUGUGGAAAACAGCUCUCCUGUGAGUCACCUCAAUAUCCCACAGCUUGUUGGAACGGCAGAGGGCAAAGUUUUAGUCCAGACCUUCGACUGGCAGCAGCAUCUGACUCACCACUUCCGUAGACUCCCACAGAUCAAGAGUUAUCAGCACUUCAGCUUUGAUGCCAAGAGACCAGGUGUGGUGCUUGCAAAAACUCACUGUGAUGCACGACCUGUCGAAUAUCAGCUACUGCGCGACGGAGCAGAUCUGCCCUCUAUCGACGGUCUUUCUGUCCUGGCCCCACCUGGACUGAACAUUGACAGGCAGACCUAUCUAUUUUCUGAACUGUGA